AUGUUCCAGCUGCCCAUCCUCAAUUUCAGCCCGCAGCAGGUGGCCGGGGUAUGCGAGACCCUGGAGGAGAGCGGGGACAUCGAGCGCCUGGGGCGCUUCCUCUGGUCCCUGCCCGUGGCCCCCGCGGCCUGCGAGGCCCUCAACAAGAAUGAGUCGGUGCUGAGAGCCCGGGCCAUCGUGGCCUUCCACACGGGGAACUACCGGGAGCUCUACCACAUCCUGGAGAACCAUAAGUUCACCAAGGAGUCCCACGCCAAACUGCAAGCCCUCUGGCUGGAAGCGCAUUACCAGGAGGCAGAGAAGCUGCGGGGCCGACCGUUGGGGCCGGUGGACAAGUACCGGGUGAGGAAGAAGUUCCCGCUGCCCCGCACCAUCUGGGACGGCGAGCAGAAGACACAUUGCUUCAAGGAGCGGACGAGGCAUUUGCUGCGGGAGUGGUACCUGCAGGACCCUUACCCCAACCCCAGCAAAAAGCGGGAACUGGCUCAGGCCACGGGACUUACCCCCACGCAAGUGGGCAACUGGUUCAAAAACCGCAGGCAAAGGGACAGGGCAGCAGCCGCUAAGAACAGGCUACAGCAGCAGGUCCUAACGCAGGGCUCGGUGCGCUCGCUGCAAGCGGAGGAGGAGAGCGGCGGGGAGGCGGUGGGGGCCGCCUCCAGCCCCGCAGCCAGCCUCUCCAGCAAAGCGGCCACCUCCGCCAUCUCCAUCACAUCCAGCGACAGUGAAUGUGACAUCUGA